AUGGCCAGUAAUCCCGAAUUUCGAAGGGUUGUUAAUUAUACCGACCUUGAAGCCCUUCUGGAGUGUCCACUAUGUCUCGAUCGAUUCGAUCAACCUCGCCUGAUACCAUGUGGUCAUACAUAUUGUACAAAAUGUUUGAAUGAACUAUGUGCUAGGAAUGACACCGUUAUUUGUCCGCAGUGUCGAAAAGAACACGAUGUACCGCCUGGUGGCAUCACUGUAUUUCCUCGAAAUCUAUCGUACCAACAAUUACUCGACAUUCGAACCGAACAAUUAGUAUCAACUCGGCAAUGUCAAGUGUGUGAUAAAAAACGUGCGUUUUCCGACUGUCUUCAUUGUCAUAAAGCCGUAUGUCUCGAUUGCAAACAAAUGCACCGACGCGAGUUAACAACAACUACUGAUUCACUUCUUCUAAAUCUAACACAAUCCACCGAUUUGUGCAAAGACGCGCUCAAUACCGAAACUGUCGCGUUCCUGACACAUUGCGAUGCAGUUAAAAGACACAUUUCAGUGUAUGCCAAAGAAACAAUUGAUCUAAUCAAACAACAAGAGAAGCAAUUGAAGAAUGAUCUGGAACAGAUGAUUGCACAACAACUAGAAUCAUCAAAGAAGAUUUUGGUAAAUUUCGAGAAAAAUAAAGAGGAAAUUAGUAAAUUUGUUCGAUCGUCGAAACAAAAAAUCGAGCGUAAUGAAUCUCUUUUGGAUGAACAAUACAUUGAAAUACAAAAUAACAUAACUAAAUACAUGAAAACGAUACAAAAUGUAGUCACCACUUUGAAAAACAAGCGAAAAGACAUUGUUUUCACACCAAAUCCUCGUCGACCAGAUUGUCUAGGUGAAUUGAAUCUCAUUCCGCAAGUUUCUCCAACUGAACACUCAACAUCUGUAUCAAUGAGUGCUGAUGAUAAGAAUAAUCAACAACAACAAUUAGCACCCAUAUCUGGAAUUCGCCAGGUUGGACAAUGGGGAAACGGACCAAUGGAAUUUUGGUGUCCGUGCGGUUUAGCAAUUACACGCAAUAAUGAACAUCUUAUUGUAGUAGACAGUUGGAAUCAUCGACUACAGAUGUUAACGAUUGAUGGUCAAUUCAUUCGUGCGACAUCGGGCACGAAAGGACGCGGACUUGAUGAACUUAAUAACCCCCGUGAUGUGUGUGUAAAUACAAGCAAUGAAUGGAUUAUCGUCUCGGAUUCAGGUAAUCAUCGACUAGUGGUUUACGAUUUAAAGCAUUUCCAAGUUCAACGCGUUAUUGGUGGAAAGGAGUCUCAAUUGAAAUUACAUUUACCGUAUGGAAUCUGUUGUGAUGAUAAUGAUUCGUUGUAUGUUUGCGAUCGUGGGAAUCAUCGAAUUGUUGUUAUACGCUUCGAUGAUGGAGUGUUUCUUCGACAAUGGGGAAAAAAGGGCGUUCAACAUGGUGAAUUCGAUACACCGGAUUUUAUAUGUUGCCGACAGAAUGUUAUUGCUGUAUCGGAUUUCAAUAAUCAUCGUGUACAAGUCUUUGGAUUAGAUGGACAAUUUCUUUUUACGUUUGGUAAAAUAGGAAGUGGUGAUACAGGAGAAUUUCGAUAUCCAAGAGGAAUUGCCAUCGAUGACGAAGGAUUUUUUAUAGUAGCUGAUUGGGUAAAUAACCGUUUACAGUUAUUUACUCCAAACGGGGAGCUUUCUGCAAUCGUCAGUGAUAAAAAUUCGGAUACUUCCAAUGAUGAAUUGAUGCCUUUGAAAGUAGCAUUCGACCGUCCGAUUGGCUUAACUGUUUCCAGCCAAGGUGUUGUGUUCGUUACUGAAUGGGGUCGAUCGCAUCGAAUUAUUAUUUAUUGA